CGGUUGUGCUGUCGUCUGUGUUUUGUUUGUUUGGGUUGAGGAGGUGUGGGUGAUUUGGAGGUUAUAUGCAAACGCCGAAACUUGUCAGUGGGACUCAGAUUCUUAGUUAAAGUUUCUUACUGAAAGUAAUAACGAGCAGAACCGUCAUGGACUGGAUGUUGCCUCAUGGUGCCAUGGUUGGUGGUCAUCCAAUGUAUUUGGAAGAUGGUUAUGACUGCACCGAGGAAAAUGGUAAAGUCAAAGGACGGCGGCGUAAAAAACAACUGUACAAAACUGUUCUGGAUCAAAUGGAGUUUUACUUUGGUGAUGCCAAUCUUUCUAAAGACCGAUAUUUAAGUCAGCUAGUUGAGGAUGAUCCAUAUGUGCCUCUGGAGGUAUNNNUAAAAUUUAAUAAAAUUAUCAAACUGGUAUCAACUGUUGAGGAAAUUGCCAAGGCUGUGAGAAAAUCUGAGAUUCUAGAAUUAUCUGAAGACUCCCUGAAAGUGCGACGAAAAACACCUAUGAAAAUUAAAGACAAUGAGGAUGAUUGUACUGUUUAUGUGGAAAAUUUGCCUCCUGAAAUAUCACAUGAUGAGCUGACAAAGGUAUUUUCUGAAUUUGGCAAAGUUGUCUAUGUGUCUGUUCCUAAAUACAGUAAUACUCAACAAAGGAAGGGCUUUGCAUUUGUUGAAUUUGACACACCCAAAGAUGCUGAGGAGACCAUACGUAUAUUUAAAGAAAAAGGAAGCUGCUUGUCACCACACAUGUUGCCUGAAAAGUUGUGUAGUAUUAAAACAUUUGACAAUCAAAAUUUACCUGUCCCUGAACUUCACAAGUCGGGCAAACUAGAAGAAUGUACAACUGAUAGUAAAAACUGUCCAGGCCAAGAAGACUCUUCUGCAUGCAUUAAAAACGAAGAUACACCAGACACAAAUUUAGAAAACUGCAAUUCUCUUUCAAAAUCCUCUAAAAAGCGCAAGAUAGACAAUUCAGAAGAUGUUGUGGAAAAUGCAAAUAAAAAAGGUAAAAAGACUGAAGAGGUUGAAAAUAACUCAAAGGAUUCUAAAAAGGAACGAUUGACAACUGAAAGUGUGGAACAAAAGCCAGAUAUUGAGAGUAAAAAUGAUGAAAGUGCAAAUGAAAGUGGCCAAGACAGUAAAACUGAUGAUCCCACUUCUGAAAAAAAGAAAAAAAAGAAUCGUAAGAAGAAGAAGAGACCCAAGGAAUAUGAAAUUUUUGCUCAUGGAAUGGUGGUUCUGUCAAAGAAAGAAUGGAAGCGCUUGAGGAACAAGUAUCUUAACAUGCAAAGAGUUAAUAUGAGAAAAGUGAAACAACAAGUGCUAGAAGCUCGAUUUAUGCGUAGACAAACCCAUUAUCCACCUUAUGGUCUAGACCAUGGACGUGACGAGGAGAUGAGGCCACCCCCACCACCAGCUGAUGCACCUAAACCACGAGUUACAUUUGUCCCUGGAGUCAUUGUGUGUGUCAAAUUCAAUGAGCCUAUGGUAGAUCUCAAAGCUUUCAAGGCAGAAGCAAGAACUCAGCCUGGUGUUCAAUAUGUUGAUGUAAAUGAAGGAGCCUUUGAAGCAUUUCUAAGGUGCUCUGGACCUUCAGAGGCCCAGCAUCUACUUCAAAUUAAAUUUUGGAAAAAUAUGUCAGUGUUAAGUGGUGCUGAUGAGAAGAGUUAUUGGGACAAGAUAUCUAAGGACAGAGAGGCUAAACUGGGGAAUAAAGUUAAAGUUGUUAAAGAACGGGGAAAGAAGAAACUGUUGAGAAAGGCUGAGGUUGUGAAAGCUACACAUUUACAUUUUGAAAAUUGAUCUUAAUAAUAUGUUGUAUUAUAAAAGAAUUCUCCAAAGUAAGGUUUUAUUUUAAUAAAUAAUGAAUGAGAAAGCA